AUGGAUUCGUUGCUGGAUCCGCUCCGUUUUCGUUUCGAUCGUCUACCUUCUCCAGCUUUUAUGCCUCGUGAAGAUGACCACACAGAUCUUCUUCGCAGUCCUGACUUCGAUACUCGCCUACAGACAUUCAAUCGACUUACUGCUCUGUCACGGCGUGAUCCUGAGUGGUUUACAAAUUUUCCAAGAAAAGGAGAGUUCUUCAAGAAUAUCGACAGGAUUCUCGCAGAUGAUCGAUGGGAGAUACAACAUCAGUGUAUCAAAUUUUUACAAGAAGCAAUGGCUACAUUUGGAUCGAAUCUCGAAUACUGUAUCUGCUAUGUGAUGCCAAAUCUGGUGCCAAAGCUGGGAAGCUCAAAGAUUACUGUGCGGAAGAUUUCCAUACAAGCCAUACAGACAUUUUUGAGGCUGAAGCCCGAUGCACUUGGAUCCGUUCUGAAAACCCUUUCCAACUUCUUAUUGACCUCUACAGAACGAGUCACUAAGAGUGAAGUGGUAAAGGAAUUUCCUGUGAUGUACAUUCCCGAGCUUGCCCAAUGUGACUGGUCAACAUUGCUAGAUUCUCUUACAAAGCUCAUGGCAACUUCCGAAACAGAAUCUGCAGAAGGUGCUGCACUGGCGGCUAAGAAAUUAGAAGUAUAUCUUGGAAAAGACGUUUUCAACCAGAUGCUAAGCAAUCUCUCUGUUGAACAACAAAAGGACUAUCUUCGUCUUAGCAAAAAUAUGGUGGUCGCUCCCGAACCCCAAGCGGCACCAUCACAACCGUUCAAUCGAAGCAGUAUGAAGCUCGCUUCCGGAGAGCGACGUUUUCGCUUCGGGAUUAUUCCCUCAAUCAUAGCGACAAUGGUACUUGAUAGUGCUGAUUCUGCUACUAGGAUUGGAGGGUUGGAAAAGUGGAAGCAAGUCAUCGAGAACAUCACUCACGAAGAGAUCAGUCGCAUUGUUCCACAUUUACACUCCUAUUUGAUAUCGCUCAACAAUGUGCUUACGGAUCUCAACUUCAAAGUUGUUGUGCUUGCACUCGAUGUAGUCCGACUUACUGUAAACAGGCUCAAAUCUAACAUGGAGGCUCAUCUACAGCAAACGAUCUCAUUGAUAGCGCAACACUUCGGCAAUCAGAAAGCGGUCGUGAAGCAGCUGAUCAUGAUGACCUGUAUGGAUCUCUUCCAAAAUGUGAAUCCCAAAGCUGUCGUCGGCGUGCUGUGCGUCUAUUUGGAGCACAGGAACUCAAGAGUGCGGGAAGAGGUGAUAAACAUUCUUACAUCAGCACUGAUGAUCGUCUCGGCAUCCCGCAUCAACUUCAGUGUUGUUGUAAACAUACUUGUUCCUUUGCUCUUGGAUCCAAAAAGAAGAGUAAGACUAGCAGCUUUUGAACAGCUAUCUGUUGUCGCUUACCUGAUGAAUGGGAAAGUUGACAUUUUAUUAAGAGCUGUGAGAGAUAUGGAAGUCCGACAUUCGAUUACUGGUCUUUCUGCUGCAGUCACGGCUCGUCUUCGUCGUCAAACUCUACCUCGAAUAAGAUAUGAUGGCUUGAUCGAGUACUCUACGCCACCUGUGACCGACUCUUCCUUCAAUGUGACAGAGUCAGAGCUGACGGACGACGACAAUCUGGACUUGAAUUGGAUUUUGCAUGCUGGGGAGGUACCCAAUAGGCCUAUAUCGCCACUAAGUAUGGUAGCUGGAGUGACUAAGGCCUACAUGGCACUGAAGCCAGAUAAAACACUGCCAUGGGAGAAUGGAAAGGAUGCAACUUGCCUCGUAACCAUGGAUCGCAUGAAGUCAGACGACCAAAUUGUACGCAGGCAUGAUGACUCCAACGGUGAGCACGCUUCCUAG